AUGGAAUGGGUCCCCUUCGUUCCGCGCAAGCUAAUUGAAGCUAGGGAGAACGACUACUGCAGUACUGCACCUUCGAACCAUCAGAACACUACGGUCUCAGCUCGCCUCAGCCGUGGCAUGUCGCAGUCGAUGAACGCCUCUGGGCCGUCCACUAAGUCUCAUUUGGCCAGCCGCACCACUCGUUCGUCUGCCAUGUCCUACGGAAGGGAUAGACUGUCGCCAAGUCUCUGA